AUGGUGGCCGACCAGCCCCUGCGCAGCGCAGCGGUGCCGGGGCCCCGCAGGCCGCAGCUGGAGCGGGCCUUCCGCGGUCACCGGGGCACGGUGACCUCCGCGGUGGUGCUGCCCGGUGAGGAGCAGGUCGUCUCAAGCUCCCUGGACGGGUGCGUGUUCGUUUGGCACUUUAAGCCGCAGCUCCGGCCCUACCGGUUCGUGGGCCACAAGGGGGAGGUCUACGACGUCGCGGCCAGCAGCUCUGGGCGCCUGCUGGCCUCGGCGUCAGCGGACCGCACGGUGCGGCUGUGGGGCAACACGCCGCAGGGGGAGUCGCGGGCGCUGAAGGUGCACACGGCGCCCGUGCGCAGCGUGUGCUUCUCGCGGGACGACAGCCUGCUCCUCACCGCCUCCGACGACAAGACGGUGAAGAUGUGGUGCGUCGGCAGCCACAAGUUCCGCGGGUCCUUCACGGGCCACACGCACUGGGUCUACUCCGCAGCCUUCUGCGGGAACGCGGACCUGGCGGCCUCCGGGGGGGAGGACAAAGUCGUGCGUGUCUGGGACGUCGAGAAGCGGGCGCUUGUCGUCGACCUGCACGACUUCGACCAGCCCGUAUCCAAGGUGCGAUUCCACCCCGACGGCUCGUGCCUGGCGGCCUGUGGCCGCGACGGCAGCAUCAAACUCUGGGACCUGCGGUCCCGCCGGCUGCUCCAGCACUACGGCGCCCACAAGGGCGCUGCGACGUGCAUCGACUUCUACCCGGGCGGGGACUACAUGUGCUCCACCGGCGAGGACCUGGCCCUGAAGGUGUGGGACCUCCGGGAAGGGCGACUGCUCUUCGACGCCCCAGGGCAUCAGGACACCCCGACCUCCUGCGCCUUCGCCCCCUCUGGCGGGGGGCUGGUCUCGGGUGGCGCCGGCGGCCUCGUGCUCGCCUGGAGCUGCGUCGGCGCCGGCGACGAGGACAGACCCUGUGGGGCCUCGGGAUCGCCCGGCGCCCCUGCCGCGCCGCAGCCAGCGGCGGGCGGCGGCGCGCAGCGCCAGCCCCGGCAGCAGCGGGCCACCAGCGCGCCCACGUCCGGGCGCCGCCCGCCGGCCGCCUGGCGCGGCGGCGCGGUCGCGGGUCGCCCGCCGGAGGCGGACGGCCCGGUGACGUGCUGGCCGAACCCCUUCCGGGCAGAGCGCCCGACGUGGCUGGCUGGCGCGGCGGAGGCACCACCGCAGCACCGCGGCCCUGCAGAGGCAGGUCCCGGGGCGCCGCAGGACGUCGCAGCGACCGGCGCAGAGCACGGGGCGCCCGGCUGCGCCCCGCCGGUGUCGCUGCCCAUGCAGGAGCUCCCGGAGGCCCUGGCAGGGACGCUGCAGUCGAUGCACGACCACAUGGAGAUCAUGGCCAAGACGAUUCAGCUUCUCGAGCGCCGACUUGCGAUGACCGAGGGUCAGCUGACGGAGCUGCGCCUGGCGUUGCUGCCCGCUCCACCGGCGGCGGGCCUGGCGGGGGCGCCCGCGGCCGCCCAGGCUACCGGGGUGCAGAUCACGGAGGAGCUGCGCUGA